UUUCCCUGCCGUACAUCAAGCAAGAGGAAUUUUCACCCCGGAGCCAAAACUCGCAGCCCGAAGGCCUGUUGGUAAGAGCUCAGCACGAAGGAGUCGUUCGAGGUACAACCACCAUCCAGGAAGGAAGCAUCACCCGAGGGACCCCCACCAGCAAACUUUCCAUGGAAGCGAUGCCUGCUUUGCGUGGCUCCAUCACUCAGGGAACCCCGGCCUUGUCCCAGCCUGGAAUUGCAGCGGACGUUCUGCUCAAAGGCACCAUCACCCGUCUGGCUACGGAGGACAGCAGUCCGGAGAAGAGCCGAGAAGAGAUGGCCACCUCCAAAGGCCACGUCAUUUACGAGGGGAAGAGCGGCCACAUCAUUACCUACGAUGCCAUCAAGAACGUCCGGGAAGGAACGCGGAGCCCAAGGACCGCUCACGACAUGGGCCUCAAACGGACCUAUGAAGCCAUGGAAGGAAACAUCAAGCAGGCAAUGUCAAUGCGAGAAUCUCCCGUCUCGACGCCUUUAGAAGGCUUAAUCUGCCGGGCUGUGCCUCAAGGCAGCCCCCACUCCGACAUGAAGGAGAGGACUGUGUUGGCGGGCUCAAUAAUGCAAGGCACCCCGCGAUCGACCGCCGAGAGCUACGACAUCGGGCUGAAGUACCCGAAGAUCAAGAGGGAGUCUCCCCCCAUGAGGACCUUUGAGGGAGCCAUCACCAAGGGGAAGCCCUACGAUGCGGUCACCACCAUCAAGGAGAUGGGGCGCUCCGUCCACGAAAUCCCCCGGCAGGACCUGUUGAAUCAAGAAAGCCAGAAGGCCCCCGACCUCGUCCCUCACGUCCGCCCCAUCAUUGAAGGAUCCAUCUCCCAGGGGACGCCCAUCAAAUACGAGAGCAGCUCCUGCCAGUCGGCCAUCAAGCACAACGUCAAGUCCCUGAUCACCGGGCCCAGCAAACUCUCGCGAGGCCUCCCGCCCAUGGAGAUGGUCCCCGAGAACAUGAAGGUGGUGGAACGCGGGAAGCACGAAGACCCCAAGGCUGGAGAGAUCCGCUCUCGCCACACCUCGGUGGUCAGCUCGGGGCCCUCCGUCCUGCGGUCCACGCUCCACGAGGCUCCCAAGUCCCAAGUCAGUCCUGGGAUCUACGAGGACCCCAAUGCCAGGAGGACCCCGGUGGGCUAUCAAAGCCUGUCCAGAAGUUCACCCAUGAUGAACCGCGGCGAAGGUAGGUCCCUUUCCUCAGCGAAGCCUAUGAAUCACGAGAGGAAGUCCACCUUGACGCCAACGCAAAGGGAGAGCGUCCCGGCCAAAUCUCCGGUCCCGGGGGUCGACCCGGUGGUCACGCACAGCCCCUUCGACCCCCACCACCGAGGGGCUGCCCCCGAGGUCUACAGGAGCCAUCUUUCUCCUCACCUGGACCCCACCAUACAGUUCCACAGAGCCUUGGAUCCCGCGACCGCCUACAUGUUCCAGCGGCAGCUCUCGCCCACCCCCGGCUACCCCAGCCAAUACCAGCUUUACGCCAUGGAGAACACGCGGCAGACCAUCCUCAACGACUACAUCACCUCCCAGCAGAUGCAGGUCAACUUGCGGCCGGACAUUGCGCGAGGCCUGUCCCCACGGGAGCAGACCUUGGCUCUUCCUUACGCAGGUGCCCGAGGAAUCAUCGACCUGAACAGCAUGGCGCCCACCAUCUUGGUGCCCCACCCCGGAGGGCCGAGUACGCCCCCGAUGGAGAGGAUCACCUACAUUCCGGGCACUCAGCUGGCGUUCCCCACCAGGCCUUACAACCCACCUUCCAUGUCUCCAG